UAUAGCCAGUAGGAAGGUUAGGUUUUAUAGUUUAUCCUUUAUGUUUUUUGCGUUGAAUCAUAUAUUAGUUAUAUGAAUAAUAUUUUUUCAUGAAAACUUUGUCAUAAGUUUGCAUUUUAAUUUUCUUUAGGAUAAUCCUAUAAAAGUUCCUCUUUUCUAAAUUUCCUUUAUUAUGAAUGGAAGCUAAUGGUGCUAGAAGUAGGUGAGUUAAAACUUGAAAAAUGGCUCAAGAGCCUAUUCAUAAAUGGGAUUGUGAAAAAGUAGUAGAAUGGCUCAAUGAUAAAGGCUAUUCCAAGUAUGCUCCAAAGUUUUUUUUAAAUAAAAUUGAUGGCAAAGCACUCCUCCUUCUGACUGAGACUGACUUGAAAACACCGCCCCUUAAUAUAGAAAUUUUAGGUGAUGUGAAACGUUUAUAUUUAGAUAUUAGGCAGCUUAAGCUGGACUCGCAAACAGUAUUGAUCGAACAUGGAUUUGAUCCUCAAUCUUUGCUUUAUUUUUCAAAAGGUCUUUCAAAUAUGAUCGCACAUAGCUACUCCAAUCAUCGAAUAGAGGAACAGAUUGUGAACUAUCGAUAUCAGCCUCUCGACGGUACGGAAAGCGAAUACUUACAUCCUCAGUCGAGUAGAUCGUCCGAAGAUGGUCAGGCAACUACCCUUCGGCCGGAAUUAUGGAAGUCUCUGAUAGCUCUUGGUUAUUGUUUCGUCGUCACUUGGAUCACUGCUUUCGUAAUGGUUAUCGUCCACGACCGUGUUCCAGAUAUGAAGAAAUACCCACCGCUACCUGAUAUAUUUCUCGACAACGUGCCACAUAUUCCAUGGGCCUUUCACAUGUGUGAAUGGACUGGGACUGUUCUCCUUCUCAUCUGGCUCUGUGUUCUCCUUGUUCACAAACACAGGUUUAUACUGUUGCGACGAUUCUUCGCUCUCAGUGGAACCGUAUUCCUGCUUAGGUGUAUAACGAUGCUUAUCACAUCUUUGUCAGUUCCCGGUACCCACUUGGACUGCAAUCCUCGACCCUCCAUUGGAGACGGAGAGUUCGAUAUAUUCCAGAAAAUACGUGCUGCUUAUCACAUUUGGAAAGGAGCUGGGAUGUCGAUACAGGGCGUAAGAACCUGUGGAGAUUAUAUGUUUAGUGGGCAUACUGUAGCUCUUACCAUGCUUAAUUUCUUCAUUACCGAAUAUUCACCUAGAGACAUAUACCUCUUACACACUUUCUCCUGGCUGUUGAAUAUGUUUGGUAUCUUCUUCAUCCUCUCUGGUCAUGAGCAUUAUUCGAUCGAUGUAUUUAUAGCUUUCUACAUAACUUCCCGUCUGUUCCUUUAUUACCAUACUCUAGCGAACAACCAAUCACUGAUGCAGAGGGAUACCGGUAGGACUAGAAUAUGGUUCCCCCUCUUCAGUUUCUUCGAAUCUGGAGUUGAUGGUAUUGUACCAAAUGAAUACGAAUCACCCGUAGUCAUAGUGGAGAAGCUGUUUUGCUUUCUUAAAGAGACGUUGAAACGAAUUAUGUUCGUAUUCAUUGCUAAUCUAUCAAUGAAACCGGGUAGUGUUUCCAGUGUUCCUACGAACAACAUAAGCAGAAAGCACAAACGGAAAACACAGUAGAUAAGAAACUGUUAAUGAAAAUUUUGUGAUAUUUUUUUCCAAUACUGUUAAUACGGUUUACGCUUAGUAUGUGAGUAGAUUUUAUAUAAGACUUUUAUUUAUCCAAAGUAUUAUCCAAAAAUUUUAAUUAUUCUUUUUUUCUUUUAUUUAUUAUUUACUUUUUUAAUGUUUUAAAACUGGCCCAGUCUAAUUAAUUGUUUUUGUCAGCUUCAUAAUGAAGUAGUAACGAUUUUUUAUGCAUGGGUGUGAUGCUGAUGCUAUGUGUGUUUGGGUAUAUAAAAAUAUACCCUAUCCCA